AUGCUUAAGAUCCUACAAGCUCGACUCAAACAAUAUAUGGCUCAGGAAUUACCAGAUGUAAAAGCUGAGUUCCGCAGAGGACGAGGCACAAGAGAUCAAAUUGCCAAUGUACGAUGGAUAAUAGAGAAAGCCAGAGAGUUCCAGAAAAACAUCUACUUCUGCUUCAUAGACUAUUCUAAAGCCUUUGACUGUGUGGAUCACAACAACAUGUGGCAAGUUCUUAGAGAGAUGGGAGUACCAUAUCAUCUCAUCCGCCUCCUGAGGAAUCUGUAUGUGGACCUAAAAAACACAGUCAGAACCGAACAUGGGACAACUGAAUGUUUCAAGAUUGGGAAAGGAGUGCGACAAGGUUGUAUAUUGUCACCUUAUUUAUUCAACUUAUAUGUGGAAUACAUAAUGCAUAAGGCUGGGCUGGAUGAAUCCAAAGCCGGAAUCAAUAAUCCUGGAAGAAAUAUCAACAACCUCAGAUCCGCGGAUGAUACUACUCUGAUGGCUGAAAGUUAG